AUGAAAAUCGCCUGUCUCCAAUUCGCCCCAGAAGUUGGACGCGUCCAAGAGAACAUCCAAAGAGCCGAAAACAUCCUCCAAUCCACCGCCAUACCCAGCGACCUAACCUGGCUCGUCCUCCCUGAACUCGCCUUCUCAGGCUACAACUUCCAGUCGCUCGAGGAAAUCAAACCUUUUCUCGAGCCUACCACAUCCGGCAUCUCAACUCAGUGGGCACAGCAAGUAGCCAAACACUACAAUUGCCACGUUACAGUCGGGUAUCCGGAGGUUACUACCCCAGAUAUAAAUCCAGAGGACAGUCAAACGCAGUAUAACUCCACCGUCACCGUAUCCCCAAAAGGAGAAAUAUUGCACAACUACCGGAAAUCCUUCCUUUACUACACUGACGAAACAUGGUCGUCCGAGGGCCCGGGUUCGAGGUCGCAUAACCUGUCCGACGCUUCAUCACCUGAUCCACCUUUCUACGCUGGCCAACUAGGCGAUUUGGGGAAAGUUACCAUGGGGAUAUGUAUGGAUAUCAAUCCCUACAAAUUCGUCUCUCCGUGGUCUGAUUACGAGUUUUCUUCUCUCGCCUUGUCAUCCCAGUCUCCAAUUGUUUGCAUAAGCAUGGCUUGGCUAUGUCAUCUUACGCCUACGGAACUCAUGCAGGACCCAUCACAGCCUGAUAUAGCGACGGUAGCGUACUGGGUCGAGCGUUUUCAACCGCUCGUCGAUGCGAAAGGGGAUAAACCCAUCUUCGUUAUCCUGGCAAAUCGGUGUGGAAUGGAGAAGGGUGUCUGCUAUGCGGGUAGUAGCACGGUUUUGCGGAUUGAGAGGGGUGUUGUUAGUCUGUAUGAGACAGCGGGGAAGAGUGAGGAGACUUGUUUGAUUGUGGAUCUGACUGAGCGGCCGAAGUUCCAGGUGAGGAGUGGACGCUGA